AUAUUAUAUAUAUUUUUCAGCUCUCGGAAACGAUAAUCCCACAGCCUUAUCAUCAGACGACUACGAAAACCUUGAACAUUUAAACACAUUGGCAGCUCAACCUGUAUUUGACUUUGGAAUGCCCAGAAACAUCACAGCAAGGGCUGGACAAACGGCAGCAAUUAACUGUCGUGUCGAACAGCUAGGUGACAAGUCGAUAUCUUGGAUACGGAAGCGAGAUCUGCAUAUACUGACGGCAGGCAUCCUAACCUACACAUCAGAUGAGCGCUUUAAGGUCAUACGGACAGAAGACUCAAAGGACUGGUCCUUGCAGGUGAAAUACGCCCAGCCUCGAGAUAGUGGAAUCUAUGAGUGCCAAGUGAAUACGGAGCCAAAAAUCUCGAUGGCAUUCCGGCUGAACGUCAUAGUUACGCCAGCUGAUUCACAAGCAUUCAUAUCCGGACCACCAGAUUUGUAUGUCAAAGUUGGUAGCGCCAUUACGCUAACAUGUCAUGUGAAACAGCCCUCAUCACAGGACAUUGGACCAAUUCACUGGUAUCGAGGACCCUACAUAAUCACACCGUUCGCUGUGCAUCCAAAUGAUGCAGCAAUCGAUCUCUCUCGACGCAUUUCCAUGGAAUCACAGUUAGGUGAUAUCCUCAAAUCGAGACUGCGUAUUGCCAAUGCUCAAACAGCCGAUUCGGGGAACUACACUUGUUUGCCAACAACGGCGGAAGGCGCCAGCGUUAUGGUUCAUGUAAUCAAUGACGAGAAUCCAGCUGCAAUGCAGAAGAGCAGUGCCAUGAAGCAACGAUGGCAUUGGAGUUUGAAAACAUCGUCAAUUUUAUUCGCUCAUAUCAUGUGGUGUUUUAUCAGAAUACUAAUGGACGAAUCCUUGCUGCCAUCAUGAUAGUUGGAAGAUGCAGUGGAAGUGGAAGGAGGCAAGAUGGCCACCACAGUGCAUUUGUAAUAUAUUGUAAUAUAUUCAAUUGUUAUUUAGAUUUAAUUAGAGUUUAUAUAAACGAAGGUAAUUUUAAAAGCAAAUAAGAACAAAAACAAAACAAA